UGAAGAAGGACCAAGAGAGAGAUGAUAAUUUCGCGCACAAGGUUGUUCCGUGGAGAUUUCGCCGUGUCGUCUCGACCGUGUUGGCACAGCGCUUUGUUCCCACUAAAGUAAGGGCUCUCCGAAAGAGUCGGGUUGCAUUUGCACGAUUCGAACGGCGAGCCGUACUUUCACUCGAUCACUCGUACCCCGUGGCACGGCGAGCCCUCGCCGCCGUAAACGCCAAGAGAAAAACGUCUGGGACGCAGAGGGGCGCGACGCGAGAAGGCAGGGGACUCCGGGUAGAAGGAGAAACGCGAGAAGAGGAAGCACACACAUACGCACUUACGCGCGUACGUACGAGAAACGAACAGAAACGAACGAGUGGGCGCUCGCGAGUCCAGGGAGAGGUUUAGUGACCUCGGCGUGUCGUCGUCGUCCUAAAGAGAAGCAGAAGGAGUAGGACGACGACGACGACGGCGGCGGCGGCGGCGGCGGCGGCGGCGGCGACGACGACGACGACAACGAGCACGGGCGCAAGCACGACGACGCCAAGGCGCAACGAGACGACGAGGAGUGGCCGAGAAGAAGAAGAGCAAAUUGGUGCUCCCGGUAGCAGGGGCCCAUGAGCACCGUGGAGGAAACGUUGCGCAACGUGUCGAGGCGCAGCAGACACGGCACGCGCGGCAGCGGCAGCUCGACCGGCGCCGAUUGGUCCGCGUCGGCCGUACGGGGCCCGGCCCAGCCGACCCCCGUUGCUGCGCCGGCCGCCACGUCCACCGCCUUCGCCAGGCCCCAAGAUAUCACGGGCCCGACCAGACGCCAGUCCUCGCGCGAUAGCGUCGACUCCGCCGGCCAGCACACCCCACCUGAUCACGCGGACCUUCUCUUCAAGGUGAUGUUACUCGGUGACAGCGGCGUUGGGAAAACCUGUCUUCUGACGCGUUUCCGUGACGGUCGCUUCCUGUCGGGAAACUAUAUAACGACCGUCGGCAUUGACUUUAGGAACAAAGUUGUCACCGUCGACGACACGCCGAUCAAGCUGCAGAUAUGGGACACAGCCGGCCAGGAAAGGUUCCGAAGCGUGACGCACGCUUACUAUCGAGACGCACAUGCGCUUUUGCUGCUGUACGACGUGACGAAUAAGACGAGUUAUGACAACAUCAGGGCUUGGCUAAGCGAAAUCCGGGAACACGCGAACGAGGAUGUCGUCAUCAUGCUGCUGGGUAACAAGUCUGAUUGUGGGACAGAGCGUGCCGUUAAGCGGGAAGACGGCGAGCGAUUAGCGCAGGAGUACAAAGUGCCGUUCAUGGAAACGUCUGCCAAGACUGGUCUCAAUGUCGAAUUGGCGUUCCUCGCCGUUGCUCGGGAGCUGAAGGCUAGAAAAAGCGACAAUCCUGAUGGGAUGAAAUUCAACGUUCAGGACUAUGUGCGUCAGCAGUCGCAACGAAGCUCCUGCUUCAACUCCAGCUGCCUGUCAACUUGAACUGCUUUCCUUUUUUUACGUUAAAUUAAGAGGACACGCGAACUGGAACCGCGUUGAUCACGAGGAGAUACGG